AUGACGGAAGGGACUUCGCUACCGAUGAUCAACACGGGGGAUGAAACAGAACGGGUGGCUCAACAGGAAUCUGCUAUCGCUGAGGAGAAUAGAAUUCUCAGGCAACAAAUUAUUGAGAUGUUGCAAGGGUGGUCGAAUGGUCGUCCUCCAAGGGUACCAAUCAGGACCGAUCAGUUCGAGAUUGCAACCACUGGGCCUGCCUACACAUACCCACUGGCUAACCCCAAGCAUGUUGCAAAUAUAAGGCCCGUUUACACAAUAUCGCCACCGACGGUUAUGCAAAGGUCAAACUUUGGGCCACCAUCUGACAUCCGCCAAAAGCAGCAUUUGGCACCAUCUGAGCUAUGGGAUCACCGUGCCCAUCGUACUUGUCAAACUCUACAUUUUAGUCCAAUCGAUUCUGAAGGACCUGCUAAGAAUGCGGUUACGCAUCUUGGCCAUGAAUAUGGAGGUCCUGCUAAGAAUGCGGUUACGCAUCUUAGCGCUAAGUAUAGGGUUGCUACUAAGAAUGUAGAGCACGACGAAAUGGUUAGGAAGAUGAAAAGUCUAGAACAAGCUAUGAAGAACUUGCAGGGAUCAGGAAGCUAUAAGAGCGUUUCAUACAAUGAUUUGUGUAUGUUCCUGAGUGUUCACUUACCUCCGGGAUUUAAGACACCGAAGUUUGACAAGUACGAUGGGCACGGUGAUCCCAUAGCUCAUUUGAGGAGAUACUGCAACCAACUGAGAGGAUCUGGGGGUAAUCAGGAAUUGCUCAUGGCUUACUUUGGGGAGAGUCUGACUGGUUUAGCUUCAGAAUGGUUUAUUGAUCAGGACAUUGUGAAAUGGCAUACUUGGGAUGAUAUGGCGAAUGAGUUCGUGCAACAAUUUCAGUACAAUAUUGAUCUGGUUCCUGAUAAAAAGUCUCUAACCAACCUGAAGAAGAAAGUUACCAAAAGUUUUAGAGAGUUUGCGAUUCGUUGGUGUGAACAAGCUGCAAGGGUAAAGCCACCAAUGAGAGAAGGAGAGAUGGUGGAGACUUUUCUCCAGGCACAAGAUGAGACAUAUUAUCAACACAUGAUCCCGGCCCUAGGAAAAUCGUUUAUUGAGGCCAUUAAAAUGGGAGAAAUAAUAGAAGAAGGAAUCAAAACAGGACGCAUUGUCGGCUUUGCUGCGUUGAAGGCAACAACCCAAGCCAUUCAAAAUGGUUCAGGGAGUUUUGGUGGAAAGAAGAAAAGGGAAGAUGUAGCUACAGUUGCACCUGGGCCACGAUGA